GCACGAUGGAAAACGGCGAUCCCACCUGUAAGUGCUACGAGGGGUACACAGGUGAGCUGUGUGAUGCGCCUGUGAGCAGCUGUGCAGACAAUCCGUGCCAGAACAUGAAGAGGUGCGUGGACUUGGAGGGCGACUACCGUUGUGUGUGCAAAGAGGGAUACACAGGCAAGAACUGUGAGAAGUUGAUGGACAACUGCCUCAACAACCCGUGUCAGAACGAAGGGACCUGUGUGAGCCUGGACCAGGGCUACAAGUGUAUCUGUCCGCCGGGCACAGACGGUCCAAACUGCGAGGUGUCCGUCACCGUGGAUCCGUGUGAGAGCGCGCCGUGCCUCAACAACGCCAUCUGUUUACCCGGCGAGAACGGAGACUUCUUCUGCAUGUGUAAAGCUGGCUACCGAGGCCGUAUGUGCGACAUACCAGUGGACUUUUGCCAGUCAGGACCAUGCUUGAAUGGAGGAGAGUGUAUGAACCUUUACGACCGCUUCGUGUGUAUCUGUGCGGACGGCUAUACCGGAGAUACGUGUGAAGAAGACAUUGAUGACUGUGAGUUCUCGCCCUGCUGGAACGGUGGCACGUGCAUUGACCUACUGGACGACUUCAGGUGUGACUGUCCUCCAGGCUUUACAGGUUCUCUGUGUGAAGACACCUUGGAGCAAGAGACAACAACAGAAAUCGACGUCACAACACCAUCAACAACAGAGCAAACCACUAAAGUAGGUUUCUACCUCAUGUAUAUAGAUGUCUAUGUGUAAUCUUAGAAGUCUUAAUCCUUGUAAGCCUUGUGGAAGAUUUGAGACGCUAAAUCUGUGAGUAUGUGUG